AUCAACAGAGCAGACAAGCCCGAGUCCUGUGAUAACGUCAAGGUUGUGGUACGAUGUCGUCCUCUCAACGAGCGAGAGAGAGCCAUGAGCAGCAAGAUGGCCGUUGGCGUGGAUGAAAUUCGAGGGACUAUCAGUGUACACAAAGUGGACUCUAUGAACGAGCCCCCCAAGACAUUCACAUUCGACACUGUUUUUGGGCCAGACAGUAACCAACUGGAUGUCUACAACUUGACUGCUCGACCAAUCAUUGAUUCUGUGCUCGAAGGCUACAAUGGCACUAUAUUCGCAUAUGGACAGACUGGAACAGGCAAAACUUUUACUAUGGAAGGAGUUCGAACAGUUCCAGAACUCCGAGGGAUCAUUCCUAAUUCCUUUGCUCAUGUAUUUGGACAUAUAGCUAAAGCUGAAGGGGAUACACGAUUUUUGGUGCGCGUCUCUUAUCUGGAGAUUUAUAAUGAAGAAGUGCGGGACUUGCUUGGGAAGGAUCAGAACCAGAGGCUGGAGGUGAAAGAGAGACCUGAUGUUGGAGUUUACAUUAAGGACUUGUCUGGUUAUGUUGUAAACAAUGCAGAUGACAUGGAUAGAAUCAUGACCUUGGGACACAAAAAUCGGUCCGUUGGGGCCACUAAUAUGAAUGAACACAGUUCUCGUUCCCAUGCUAUCUUUACAAUUACUAUUGAAUGCAGCGAGAAAGGAGCAGAUGGAAACAUUCACGUUCGCAUGGGAAAGCUUCACCUUGUAGAUUUGGCAGGCUCAGAGCGACAAGCAAAAACAGGGGCAACUGGACAGAGACUUAAGGAAGCCACAAAGAUAAAUCUGUCACUUUCAACCCUGGGUAAUGUCAUCUCUGCUUUAGUUGAUGGUAAGAGUACUCAUGUGCCCUACAGGAAUUCCAAACUAACUCGGCUGCUGCAGGAUUCACUGGGUGGGAACUCCAAGACCAUGAUGUGUGCAAAUAUCGGCCCUGCAGAUUACAACUACGAUGAGACAAUCAGUACUUUGAGAUAUGCAAACAGAGCCAAAAAUAUCAAAAAUAAAGCUAGAAUUAAUGAAGACCCCAAGGAUGCGUUAUUACGAGAGUUUCAAAAAGAAAUUGAAGAUCUCAAAAAGAAGUUGGAGGAAGGAGAAGAUGUUUCCGGUUCUGAUGACAGUGGCACAGAGGAUGAUGAUGAUGAAGAUGGAGAAAUUGGAGAAGAUGGAGAAAAGAAAAAAAAGCGAAGGGGCAAAAAGAAAGGCUCCCCAGAUAAGAUGGCAGAGAUGCAAGCUAGAAUUGACGAGGAAAGGAAAGUUCUCGAAGCUAAACUUGAUAUGGAAGAAGAGGAAAGGAACAAGGCUAGAGCAGAGCUGGAAAGGAGAGAAAAGGAUCUGUUUAAGGCACAACAAGAACAUCAAUCGCUGCUUGAGAAAUUAUCUGCUUUGGAGAAGAAGGUCAUUGUUGGAGGAGUGGAUUUGCUGGCCAAAGCAGAGGAACAAGAGAAACUUCUAGAUGAAUCAAAUUUUGAACUUGAAGAGCGGAGAAAGCGAGCAGAGAAACUGCGCAGAGAGUUAGAGGAAAAAGAGCAAGAGCGUUUGGAUAUUGAAGAGAAAUAUACAAGUUUACAGGAGGAGGCCCAAGGUAAAACCAAAAAACUGAAGAAAGUAUGGACUAUGUUGAUGGCUGCAAAGUCAGAGAUGGCAGAUCUGCAACAAGAGCACCAAAGAGAGAUAGAGGGUUUGCUGGAGAACAUCAGGCAGCUCAGUCGAGAGCUGCGACUUCAGAUGAACAUAAUUGAUAGCUUUAUUCCACAGGAAUAUCAGGAAAUGAUUGAAAAUUACGUUCACUGGAAUGAAGAUAUUGGAGAAUGGCAACUGAAAUGUGUGGCCUACACAGGAAACAACAUGAGAAAACAGACUCCAGUACCAGACAAGAAAGAAAAAGAUCCCUUUGAAGUUGACUUGUCUCACGUGUAUUUGGCGUACACAGAGGAGAGUCUCCGUCAGUCCUUAAUGAAGCUGGAGAGGCCAAGGACCUCAAAGGGAAAAACACGACCUAAGACGGGUAGAAGAAAGCGCUCUGCAAAGCCCGAAGCUGUGAUCAACUCCUUGUUGCAGUGA